AUGAAAAAACCCGAUGGGUGCGACUGGACCGGUCCGCUGAAAAAGUAUCAGGUUCACAUUGAUUCGUGUCAUGAAACGAUUAACAAAUGUAAUUAUUGUGAGGAAAUAUUUUCUACAAGGUACACACUAGUUGAACAUGAGAAAAAUGUUUGUACACAAAUAACUGAGUCAUGUCCACUCGCGAAAGAUGGAUGUUUACAAGAAAAAAUCCUUAAAUCGGAAAUGGCUGCUCAUUACCUAAGUGAGUUUCAUCAAAAAUGUCUACACGGCUGUAUAACAAACCUGAUGCAGAUGAUUGAUUUAUGUCGAAAUGAUAUUGACAGAACAAAACUUUACUCUCAAUCAUCGAAUUUAUCAGCAGUUAUUUCAGAUUCUUCUGCGUCAAUUGCAGCAGUCAAUGAUUGCUUUUCUCGAUUACAACAAUAUUACGAGAAGUUGACAGUAAUUACCGACAGUAUACAAGCAUUAAGUGACGACUCUAUUCGACUAAGCACAGAAUCAUUACUUCAUCAAAAUCAAUUAAAAGCAUUUCAAAAUGAGAUACAAGAAGUAAAGCAAUCGGUAAAUGAGAUCAGCUCGUAUAUUGCUGGUAUUACCUCUAAUCAAGAAAUUUUUCAACAAGAAUUAUUGACUACUAAACAAAAAGUUCAAGAUUUACAAUCUGUAUCAUACCAUGGUACGCUCAUGUGGAAAAUAGAUAAUAUAACUGAAAAAAUAGCCGAUGCUCAAUCUGAACGACAAACAUCAAUCUACUCACCACCUUUUUAUUCAUCACCAACCGGCUACAAAAUGUGCGUCCGUCUCUAUGUACAAGGUGAUGGAACUGCUCGUCAAACACAUAUGUCCUUGUUUUUUCUUCUAAUGCGUGGAAAAUACGAUGCAAUUCUCAAAUGGCCAUUUAAUUUUAAAGUUACAUUUUGUCUGUUUGAUCAAUCUGGUCAACAUCAUCAUAUCAUCGAUUCAUUUCGUCCCGAUAUAAAAUCCAACAGUUUUCAGCGUCCACGUAGCGAAAUGAACGUUGCUAGUGGUUUACCAAGAUUUUUUCCGUUACCAAUGAUUUUACAAGAUGAUAACGUAUAUGUUAGAGAUGAUAUCAUGUAUAUCAGAUGUUCUGUUGACUUUAGUGAUACUUCAAAAAUAUUGCUACCUUAUGUAUUGAGUUUAAAUCCUGCUCUACCCCAUUAUGUUCAACAGAAUAUGAUACAAACCGAAACUGAACGACGUUUACAACAGCAUCAACAAGAGCCAACGACAAGAAAUACGAAUAAUGAUUCUGAUUUUGUGAAUUAG